UUCAAAACUAGAAUUGCUAGAUGCAUUAGCGCUCAGUGAUAAUUCUGCAUUUACCAUUGAAAUAUUACAGCGUAUCUAUGCUUUUAGGAGAGUAAAACUCGAUUGCCUUGCAAUGUGUGUUACAUAUAUAUUAAUAUAGCUGUGGAAUUCUAGCACAAUACCUUAUCCAACAAUAAUAAGGUUCUUUUUGGCCUUUGCUCGCAUAAUCAGAUGACCUCCACUUUAGCUUGAGAGCUGUGGAAUUCUAGCACAAUACAUUAUCCAACAAUCAUAAGGUUCUUUUUGGCUGUUGCUCGCAUAAUCAGAUGACCUCCACUUUAGCUUAAGAUGCUAGAUAUGUUGAUUUGAUCGCGUUGCUUCUUAUGCUCGUGGAAUCAGAUUCUUUGCUACAGCCGGUUGGUGAUACUAUCAAUAUCAAACAAUAGAUGGAUCUUGUGAAAACUUGAUUUCAUAGGACUGAUUGUAGGGUGAGUCUGUUGAAUUGGAGUAGGGAGUUAUUAGACAGACGUAUGGAAUUAUGAAUCGGAGAUGUUUACACAAAUCAAAUACAAGUGGAGGAGGGAGCACUGAUACAAUCAUGUGAAAUUUUUGGAUUGUCUUCAUUCUACUUUGAUCCAAUGCCCAUGUUCCCAACCAGUCAAUAGGAAUUAGGAUCUUAUGUUAUUUAGAAAAUCAAAAACUCCUGGUACUUUUGUCAUAAACCAAUUACUGAAACUCAAUGCCACUGCAUAACCAAGGAAUUCAGGCUUUCGGGUCCAUGUGGUUCCUUCUGUAUUUGGAUAACCUAUAAAGGUCUCAGCGCCCUUCAGUAUGAUUUUGUUGGCAAAGGAUGUUUUCUCCAGGAUAAUGACAGUUUAGCUUCUGGUUCAUCUUAUUGUCUGGUGGAUCUUUUUUAUACCGUGAUAAAAUGGGGAAGCACUCAGCUGAAUCUGGGGUUAGUAUGCUGUUGCAUGGAGACUUGGAUUUACAAAUAAUUGAAGCAAAAUGUCUCCCCAAUAUGGAUCUCAUGACAGAAAGGAUGCGAAAAUGCUUUACUGGGUAUGGAGCUUGCAGCACUGAUUGUGGGAAGUCGGAGAACGCCCACCCAGACAUGAGGAAGAUCAUUACUAGUGAUCCAUAUGUUUCAGUUUGUCUUUCAGGAGCUACGGUGGCACAAACUCGAGUCAUUCCCAACUCGGAGAACCCUAAAUGGGAUGAGCACUUCUAUGUUCAAGUUGCUCAUUCAGUUAGCAGAAUUGAGUUUCUUGUAAAGGACAACGAUGUUUUUGGGGCAGAGCUUAUUGGUGUGGCUACAAUACCAGUUGAGCACAUCACACCAGGUGAUAUGGUCGGUGGUUGGUUUCCAAUUUCUGGUCAGUACAGUAAUCCUAUGAAGCCAUCUCCUGAGCUGCAUUUAAAUAUCCAGUAUAAGCCAAUCGACAUGAACCCACUAUACAAGGAUGGAGUUGGUGCCGAUGGCCCUCAGAGUGUUGGUGUCCCUAAUGCUUAUUUCCCUCUUAGGAAGGGUGGUAGGGUCACACUGUAUCAAGAUGCUCAUGUUCCUGACAAUUUUCAACCUCAGAUUGAGAUAGAUGGUGGGAGGACAUAUGAACAAAACAAAUGCUGGGAAGAUAUUUGUCAUGCAAUCAUUGAGGCUCAUCACCUUAUCUACAUAGUCGGCUGGUCCUUGUAUCACCCUGUGAAGCUUGUAAGGGAGUCAACAAAACCUGUUCCCAAUGGAAACCCUGUCACCAUUGGGGAAAUUUUGAAGCGCAAAGUUCAAGAAGGAGUCCGUGUUAUAGUGUUGCUUUGGGAUGACAAAACAUCACAUGACAAAUUUCUCUUAAAAACAGAUGGUCUCAUGCAUACACAUGAUGAAGAAGCUCGAAAAUAUUUCAGGCAUUCAGGUGUCCAUUGUGUGCUGUCUCCUCGCUAUGCUAGCAACAAACUUAGCAUUUUCAAGCAGCAGGUUGUAGGAACUUUAUUUACACACCAUCAGAAAUGUGUCAUUGUAGACACGCAAGCCACAGGAAACAAUCGAAAAAUAACUGCUUUUAUUGGUGGUCUAGACUUGUGUGAUGGCAGAUAUGAUACACCUGAACACAGGCUUUUCAAGGAUUUAGAUACUAUUUUCAAGGACGAUUUCCACAACCCCACAUUCCCUGUUAAUAAGCAUGGACCCAGACAGCCAUGGCAUGAUUUACAUUGUAAAAUCGAGGGUCCUGCUGCAUAUGAUAUACUUACAAACUUUGAACAGAGAUGGAGAAAAUCUGCAAAAUGGAAAGUCAGUGUCAGAAGAGCUGUGAGUUGGCAUCAUGAUACAUUGGUAAAAAUUGAUAGGAUGUCAUGGAUUGUUUCCCCCACUGCAGAUGAAUUAAAUGCACAUGUUGUUGAAGAAAAGGAUCCUGAAAACUGGCAUGUACAGGUUUUCCGAUCAAUUGAUUCAGGAUCUGUAAAAGGAUUCCCAAAACUUGUUCAAGAGGCUGAAUCCCAGAAUCUUGUCUGUGCAAAGAAUCUGCAGAUAGACAAAAGCAUACACAAUGCAUAUGUUAAAGCGAUCAGAUCUGCGCAGCACUUUGUCUAUAUUGAAAAUCAGUACUUUAUUGGGUCUUCAUACUACUGGUCUGCACACCGAAGUGCAGGUGCUGAGAACCUAAUACCAAUUGAAUUGGCCAUAAAGAUUGCAAGAAAGAUUAAGGCAAAGGAAAGGUUUGCAGCAUACAUUGUUAUACCGAUGUGGCCCGAAGGCAAUCCGACAACUGCUGCUAUGCAGGAGAUACUCUAUUGGCAGGGGCAUACCAUGUCCAUGAUGUACAAGAUCGUCGCAGAUGCUCUACGAAAGGAGGGUCUACAUGAAAGCCAUCCACAGGAGUACCUGAACUUCUAUUGCCUUGGCAAGCGUGAAGGUUCCAAUGAAGUUUCGUCGACAAGCAAUUCCAAUGAGAACUCUGCACUACGUUUGGCCCAGAAGUUCAGGAGGUUCAUGAUCUAUGUGCACUCAAAAGGGAUGAUUGUUGACGAUGAGUAUGUUCUCAUCGGAUCAGCCAACAUAAACCAGAGGUCCAUGGAUGGCUCACGGGACACAGAGAUCGCCAUGGGUGCGUACCAGCCUCACUACAGCUGGGCUGGAAGCGGUAGCCCUCCAAAAGGACAGGUGUAUGGGUACAGGAUGUCUCUUUGGGCGGAGCACCUGGGCACAGUGGAGGAGUGCUUCCGCCGGCCGGAGUCUGAGGAGUGCGUGCAGCUGGUGAACCAGAUGGCAGAUGAUAACUGGGCGUCCUAUGUCUCGCCGCAGAUGGUGGAUAUGAAGGGCCACCUCAUGAAGUACCCCGUGAAGGUUGAACAGGAUGGGAGGGUGGGACCGCUGCCUGGACAGGAGAGCUUCCCUGAUGUCGGCGGUAAGGUGCUGGGCACGCACUCGUCGCUCCCCAAUGCGCUGACGACGUGAGUUGGAUGGAGCUUGAAGAAGCUCAAAGGUGGCACAUGGAGUGCUGAAGCUCUGCUCGUCACAAUCGUUGGACGCGGUGCAACAAGUGGUUGAUACUUGGGAAAGUUGUUGGUCCGAUUUCUAGCUUUAAGGCUGUAAUGUAUGAUAUGAAGAAGUGUAUGUAUGUAUUAUAAAUUAUGAUGAAAAGAGACGUGGGCAAUAUUAUUCUUUGGGCAUUGCAAUUUCUUUGGGGCUCAAUGCCAUUAUAUACGUUGAUUUUUCAUCAUGGUUGUAACAACCUCUGUGUUAAGCUAGGAACUACUUUAUACUGAUUAUA